AGAAAUAAAAGGCUCAAUAUGCUAAUAGUUUUGAUAGAUCGAAUUUUGAGGUUAGGGUUUAAAGGAAUAGGGAUUUAUUACCUGACCAUCUAAUCUAACUGUAGUACAAGACAAGCCUGGCCAUUUGGCAUUAUUAUUUAUUAAUAAUGUAAAAAAUUUCAAUUUAAAAUUGUAAUACUAUUGUUAUCACUAAAACUAAUCUUCUAUACUUGUGCAAAGUUUAAACGAUAUAUCUCAGACUUGAGUGCAUUACACAAUUUAUUUGUUACAAACCAGGCUUGCAAUGAUUUGUCUUGCACUUUAGAUGAUUAGAAAAAAUUUUGAACAAAAACAGCGGCGAAUGGAAAUUGCUCAGGAGCUAUUAAAUGAAAUAAAAGACGAUGCAGAAUUACUUAAACAUGGAUUACGGAUAUGACAUCAAAAUUAAGGCUCAAUCAUCCUAGUGGAGGUUUCAAUAUGCUAGAACAUUUGAUUGAGGAAUUGGAAAAGAUUCUAUACGAAACGAGCAAACUAAAGGAUGAUUUGAAUAAUAGCUGUGAAAGGGGCUGGAGUUUACUUUGCCCUUCUGGAUCCCAAAUCAAUGGAUUUAAAAUUCAGAAAGAACUGCCGCCUUCUGAUAAAGAUGAAAGCUCUAAUGCAAGCAACAUUUCACCUUCACUGGGAGGUGUAUUUGAUAAAGUUACAGAAUUAAUAACUUACGGAAAAGAGUUGCGAAACUCUGCAAAACUGGAAAAUAAAAAAUCAAGUUCAAAUGUUACUUUAAAUGUUAAAGGAGAUUUACGGAAUCAGCCACAACUAAAUAAAUCCAAAAUUAAUUUGACCAAAUCUGGAUCAAAUUCUAUUCCAGUAGCACCAAGAGGAGGACACAAAGUAAAUAGAUGUAAUUUUAAAAGUAAAAAAGUUGCAGAUUCAAAACAUUCUUUGGAUACUUUAACAAGUGACAAAACUCUUCAUGAUCUUCCAUUGUCUUCUUCUGAAAUCAGAAACAGUGUUAGUAUUUCACAUGCUGAGGAUCAAGAAUGCCCUGACAACGUCACAAAAACAUACUUGCUGAAAGAUAAUCAGAUGUUGACUAAGGAUAGUAAUAAUGGUAGUGCUCUAACUCCUAAGUAUUCCCAUUCAUGCUCUGUAACUUUAUCCGACUUGGUAAAAACACUGAAAAUGCCUGAAGAUAUGCAUCACUUGCUGAAAUGCUACUUUCAAUAUCAAAAUUAUAAGUUAAAACAUCACGUUAACAAAGAAGAACAUAACUCUCUUGACUUUUCAAAAAGAAUAAAUAAUUUAGCAAAGCUUAAACUUGGAAUUGAUUUGAGAACAAAUGUAAAAGAAAGAGACAGACAUAUGAAAUAUUUGGAUGUUGCUGAUGAAGUUUGUAGAAGCGGAAAAGCAAGGACUGUUUUAGAUAAAUCUUCCAUUAUCUGGUACCAGUCCAAAGAACAGUUAUGCUCAUAUGAAGUUAAGUGCCAGCAGUUGUUGGAGCUACAAUUACAGAGAAGACUGAUGGCAGUUCUUGAAGCGUGUUUAAAGUAAUUUACCGACACCACUGACACACUGUAAAUACUAAAUUUACUACAGCUCAGUAAUUUUCAAAUAUAUUUCUAUCAACUAUGUACAGCUAAAUAAAAUUAUUGCAUUAUAUUUUUUUAGGAGUAUUAAAUAUAAACGGUUUUGUAACAGUAAA